GGACCAAAAACAGUUGAAAAAUUGAAGUAACAAUAAUAAUGUGUAUUGCUUACCCAUUACGUUUUGCCUUUCCUUCUCUUUCUCGUCCAUUCCGUGUUCUGUUGGGUGGCGACCAAAAUGUCUAGAGAAUGAAUGGGAACGCUAUUAAAUUUUUGACUCCAAAAAAGGUGCGUUUAGUAUUGAAAAUCAAGUGCAGUUCGGAAGAGGAUUUCAUAACUGAAGUUUUAGCGAAAUUCAUCAAGAUGGCUGAUGAAUCUGUAGAUAUCCCAAUAUUGGGAAAGGAAGAGAAGACAAAGGUUGAAGUUGAGUCUGAGGUUGUUAAGGUGGAUGAUGAGGUGGAGAAAGAAAAGCAUGAGGUUAAGAUCAAGAGCAAGGAGGCAAAAUAUGAAGAUGGAAAGAAAGAGAAGACAGAGGUCGAGGUUCAACUCAAGAGCUCAUCAGGGAGGAAAGAGAAGAUGAAAAAUGUUGAGAAUGAAAAGGAGAAGAAGAAAGAAGAGAAGCAGAAGAAGAAGGAUGAAGGCAAAGAUGAAAAAGAAGCAAAAAAGAAGCACAAAGAUGAGGAUGGAGCAGAGAAGGAAACAGAAGUGAAGAAGAAGAAGGAAAAGGAAGAGGAGAAGAAAGAGAAAAAAGAUGAAAAGAAACAUAAGAAGAAAGAUGGGAAAUCUGGGGAGAGUGAUGAAGUGAAAGAAAAGAAAGACAAGAGGAAGGAAGUUGAGGAUGAUGAAGAGUGUGAAAAAGAAGAGAAGAAACAGGAAAAGGGUAAGAAGGAUAAAGAGAAGGAGAAGGGUAAAGGUGGUGAUGCAGUGGAAGAUAAGAAGGUGAAGAAAGGAAUUGAGAAUGAAGAAGAAGAAGACGACGAUGAUGAUGGUAAAGAAGAGGAGAAGAAGAAGAAAAAGAAAGAAGAGAAGGAAAAGAAGAAGAAGGAGAAAGGAGGAGAAGAAGAAGAUGAUAGUAAAGAAGAGAAGAAGAAGAAGAAGAAAGGAGAGGAGGAAAAAGAGAAAAAGGAGGAAGAAGUAGAUGAUAGCAAAGAAGAGAAGAAGAAGAAGAAGAAGAAAGGAGGAGAGAAGGAACCGGAGAAAAAGGAGAAAAGAGAAGAUGAUGAUAAUAAAGAAGAAAAGAAUAAGAAGAAGAAGAAGAAGAAGAAGGGGGAGGAGGAUGAAGAAGAUGAUGGCGAAGAAGAAAAGAAAGAGAAGAAAGAAAAGAAGGAUGAGAAGAAAAAGGAAAAAGGUGGGAAAGAGAAAGAGAAGAAAGAGAAGAACAACGUAGAAGAAGAAGAUGAAACGAAGGGAAAAAAGGAGAAGAAGAAGGAGGAUGAAGCAGAUGAAACCAAGAGCAGAAGCAGGGAAAUAGAGAUAGAAAUAGAAGUAGAAGUAGACGAAGAAGAAGAAGAAGAAGAAGAAGCAGGUGAGAAGGGAGGUUGUAGAGGAGGAGGAGGAGAAGAGGAGAAGGAUAAUGAGAAGAAAAACAAGAAAGAUAAAGAAGAAAAGAAGAAGAAAGUAGAAGAGACAAACAAAAGUAGAGAUAUGGGGAAACUGAAACAGAAACUAGAGAAGAUGGAUGUUAAAAUCAAUGCCUUGCUCGACAAGAAGGCAGACAUUCUGAGGCAAAUAAAAGAAAUUGAAGACGCAAAUUCCAACAUUGUUGCUGCUGCUGCAAAACCUACGGAAGAAGUGGCAUAACUUUGGUGGGACUUAUUGAUUGUUGGGAUGUAUUGUUGUUGUUCCAAGGUUUCCAAGGUUUUUACAGUAUCUUAUCUUCUUUGUUUCAACGAGUGUUGUAUUUUAUUGUAUUCCAUUAAACAUGUACAGUGAUUAUUGUUU